GAGUUACCAGUUAAUGGAAAGAUUGUUCAAGAUCUUUGUCUAUGAAGAGGGAGAGCCACCACUGUUUCAUUAUGGGACUUGCAAGAACAUAUACUCAUUGGAAGGGAUCUUCAUUAGCUUAAUUGAAACAAACACCAAAUUCCGGACUCGAAAUCCGGAUGAAGCUCAACUCUAUUUUCUCCCAUUCAGUGUAGUUAUGAUCCUUGAGCACUUGUUUCAUCCAAUUAUCCGCGACAAAGCUGUAUUAGAGCGGAACAUUGUUGAUUAUGUCAACACCAUAUCUCACCGGUACCCGUACUGGAAUCGAAGCCUCGGAGCAGAUCAUUUCAUGCUUUCUUGCCAUGAUUGGGGUCCAAGAGCGACCUGGUACGUGAGACAAUUGUACUUCAAUUCCAUUCGAGUUCUAUGCAAUGCAAACACAUCAGAACACUUCAAUCCAAAGAAAGAUGCAUCAUGUCCCGAAAUCAAUCUCGUCACCGGAGAAAUCACGAAUCUAACGGGUGGAUUACCGCCCUCUAAUCGCACAAUCCUAGCGUUCUUCGCUGGCGGUUUACAUGGUAAAAUUAGGCCAGCACUCCUACAGCAUUGGAAGGAAAAGGACAGUGAUCUACAAGUCUAUGAGCAACUCCCUGAAGGCGUUUCAUAUGAUGAAAUGAUGAAGAAGAGCAAGUACUGCAUUUGUCCAAGUGGGCAUGAAGUUGCCAGUCCAAGAAUCGUCGAGGCGAUAUAUGUAGAGUGUGUUCCAGUGCUGAUAUCUCAGCAUUAUGUGCUGCCAUUCAGUGAUGUUCUUGACUGGGAGUCGUUUUCGGUUAGGGUUUCGGUGAGUGAGAUUCCGAGCCUGAAGAGGAUUUUGAUGGAGAUACCAGAAAAUGAGUACUUGAGAAUGGUAAAAAGAGUGAAGCAGAUGCAAAGACAUUUUGUGGUGAAUGAUCCUCCCAAGAGAUUUGAUGUUUUUCAUAUGAUACUUCAUUCUAUCUGGCUUAGGAGAUUGAAUUUUGUCAUUGAUAACUGA